UUUACAUGCUAACUUAAUUCCAACCGUUUCGCUUUAGUGCUUGAGUUUCGUUGUACGACACUCGUCUGUGUGAUAUGAAUUCCCCCCUGAGAUUUCUUUGAGUUUGUCAGAUGCCUUUGAACUCUAGUUCAUAGGAUGCUCGAAACUGAUCUAAGCUAUUGCCGUAACAGUGUCCAUCAUCACACAAUACUGUAAAUGUGUGCAUUUAUUGAAAACUCUGGAAAUUGGACAGGGGCAGAGUGGACAAAAUACCUUACCAUGGCACCUCCCACGCUGAGUGGAAUCAUUGGGCAAAUGAGUUAGCAACUUUGGCUUUGGCUGCAGUGAAAUACUUUCCAUUAGCAUGUGACGAAUGACUGAGAUUUACAGCUGAUCUCUUGAGGUAUUAGGACAGACAGGUUUAGUCAAACUGACAGUAAACGUAUCCAUUCAACCUCGCGUGGCUCAUCGUAUGUCUUCUGCCAACAUAAAUACAGUAAAUGCUAUGACCACCAUUUGUAGCAUUGCUUUGUGAUAUACGAACCACUGGCUGUAGUCAAAGAUCCAGGCAAUAGGAGACAAACUUGUGCAUACCUUCCUCAUGAUGCGUGGAGGUAGCGUGCACAAGCAGCCUGUGUGUGUCUUGUCAAAGCUGGAUGGGUUGCAGGCACCUUUGACCUGUCCUCCCCACACCUAAAUCUUGAAUGAAUGAACACACAUAUUGACAUUUAACCAACAAGGAUUAGGGAAAGCUGAAAAACACUUUAGUGAAGUAUGUAGUCCAUACAGUGCACUUUGUAUUUGCUUUGCCCGAGCAAACAGCUAAAGCAAUGGCUAUCGGUCUCCGAUAGUACGGUUCUAUAUAUAGACGGGCCCUGUGACUGAGCUGGCCCUAAGUGUCAGAUUCCAGUCGCACUCAUCCGUCAUGACUGGAUCAGCACCUGCUGCUAAAUAUAAACCCACCCGGCCCAGCGUUCACAUGAAAGCCAAUGCCCACCCGCACAGCUCAGCUCAGAGAAGAAAAGUCAAGAGCCAGGGUAGCCUCAGAAGGCACUUUGACCAAGGCCAACUCAAAGGGGAGGGGCAGAAAUGAAGACGGGAGAACUGGAGGAUGCAACGUGCAGGCGAGAGAUGCCUCCAUUGCUUUUUUAUAUUGAAGCCUGAUCCAUGCCACCGCACUGACCUGAAGCAGUGAGGCGCAGUCACAUUUGGGUUUUCCAAAGCUAUGAGUUAAGAGUGCUUGGAUUUUAGGAGACACUUCCCUGGAUCACUGGCAGACAGCCUAGAAGAGACCUAUCUUUCUUUCCAAAGGGAAAAAAGCAAAAGCAAGCUAGAAGACAGACUGGACGGCCACGUUGAGACUUUGGUGCUUGUGGACUAGUGAUGGACAGCUGGACUCUUCAAGGGGACAGCUACUCAUUGCUGCGCAGUGCACCCCGCACACCAUUUACCUUGUACCAUCGAGACGGCACACCUAACCACGUUGAAAUAUUUGACAUCACAAGUUCUCCAAGUCAACGCGGUACCAUCUCUGAGACCACUUGCCUGUGUGACAUAUUUGGGGAUGAAUGUGAGUCACCCUCGGCCUCCAACAGUCCGGUCGUAGGAUCAUUUGUUCGUACCUCCUCUGUGACCGAGGUGGAGAGGACAUCUGUCCGAUCACCCCUGGCGGAUGAUUUAAAUGACUCCUCAGGCUCGUACCACACAGCACCGGACUCCAUUGAAGGACAAGAGGAGUCUGAUCUAACGACGAGAAUUUACAGUCCCACACUGGAGGGUGAGUCCACUGAGUCCGAGCAGCCGGAAAUCCUAGUGAGGUCGGAACUUUCUAAAACUAGUAGCUUCAGGGAGAAGACCCCUUCUCCUGGACACCAAAGCUCCUCUAGCCUCUGCUCACAGGAAAUAGCCUCAGUUUCAUGUUAUUCCUCUGCCGAGACGAGAGACUCACCCUCGUUACUUUGUCCAGAGAGUGAACAAGUGGGACUCACUCCUGUGUUAAAAAGAGCAAGGAAUAACAGUGAGCUCAGCUUGUCAAAUCAAUCUCAAACUCCAAGUCCUCCCUGUGAGCCAAUGAACUGCGCUAUCUCAUCCUCCUCAGAAUCAGUCAACACAAAAACUCAGAUUAGAGAUACAAAACCUGAGCCAAGGGGCACACACCUUAAUAAAAACACCAGUGUUUCACCUGGCCACAGCCCCGUUGAUUUUUCUUAUCAAUCUUCAAAUGUAGAAUCCAGAGCUGACAUUUCAUCUCACUUGCCUUUGUCAGGAUAUGCAAAAUCCCAGCUGGAAGAAAGACUGCUCUGUUCUGAACUGAAUUUUUCACCUUUAAAAGAGCUGAGCAGAAGGCUUUCCCUGCCCAAUCUUAUGAGCAGAGGCUUAACGCCAAGUCCAGAAAUAAAAAGCUCUCCCCUUUGCUCUGAGUUCACAGAUCUCAGCUCAACAGAAAUUGACUUUAAAAACACUGAGUUUGGCACCACCAUCUCAACAGCUUCCACAAGAUACACUCCCUCCCCCCCUAUUAUAUCAUUCAACCCAUAUCCUGUGGAUGGUGGUGGUGUGCCUGAAUUAAAGCAUAGUACCUGUUUAGCACCUGACCUGCUUAGUGCACCGUUAGCACUACCCAAAAAUGGGUCAAGAACCUCCUCACCUGGACACUCAAGACCAAAUUCAGCAUCUGAAAUAAUCACCAAGGUCUGUUCCCCUGUCAUCAGUUAUAGUUUGUCUCCAUCACCCGGUAUCAGGAGCAUCUGUUCUUCCAUCGAGAGCACACACACAGCUCAUUCACCUGAAAUCCGGAUCACGCCAUCAUCCCCUGAGGCCAAAAGGAAAGAAAAUAUUUCUGAAGAGCAAACAGCAUCAGAUUCCCCUCUUUUAGAGUGGGCCCCAACAAGGAGUCUCACCACCUCCCCUGACAUCACUGGGAUGCCUUAUUCUGUAGUUCUACCAAGGGAGGGGGACACUUCCCCUUUUCCCGAGCUCUGUCGUCUCCCGACUGCUGAGACUGAUACCGCACGUGUAUCACCUGCAAUAAUGAGCCCCUCCCCUAGUAGAGCGAGUUCACUACAAGACUCGUCUCCCACAUCAGGCUUUUCAGGCUCUGAGCUACAGGCUGAAAUAUCUCAGUCCAGGUCGCACACAUCUUCACCCCAGUCAAUGUGUUGCACUCCCUCACCUGAGCUGAGAUACCAGAGCUUAAAUUCUUCACCUGAGCUCAAACGUAGAGAUCCAUCACUUGCUACAGCGUCUCCAGUAAACAGAUCUAAUCAAUGUUCGCCAUUAAUCCUUUGCCCUGAGUACAACACCCACUAUUUACAGCCUACUCCUCCUUUGGAUACAUCUGCGGGGGUUACCUUCUCCCUUCCCCACCAUCACAUAGGGUUGGAAACACAGAGCAUUCCACCUGAAUUUGAAUUGGAAAAAGAAGAUGAAACGUCUGGAACCACAAAUAGUUCCCCAAUCGUGCCAAUUCAGUCGCUGGUAUCUAAUUCGCCUUUUUUAACCGAGGAAAAGUUUGACCAGGCAUUGAUUCAGCGGCAACCGAGGGACAGACUUACGCCAAAGGAAAUACCUGUCGCUGGUUUGACGUCCUUGUCUCGGGAAAAUCAAAACACCGGGACUAUAAAUCAUUUUACUAGCCCCACAAUUGAAAAUAAGUCAUUUCCUCAUAAUUUUGUGUUCACUAAUAUGGGAAGGGUUCAUCAUAUUUCUAACAAAGCCAAAUCUCUGCAGAGAGAAGAAAGACGACUGCACCACCACACUCAUUCAUUUAAGUCAAAUUCCACAUCUGAACAUUCGAGACAAAAACGUGGUGACAGAAUGAGGUUUGCACCGAAUAUGGCCCACCAUAUAAACAGGAGGAAAACUCCCUCUCCCCCAUUAACCCGAUUUACCCCUGUGCACAUUAUAGAACCUGAGAAACCACACCGACAGUGGCAGAACAGAGCCCCCUCUGACUUUGCAGCAUCCUCACAGAGUGGUUAUUUGAAGAAGACUGUAUCAAAUAGGGAAAGCCCCGAUAUUGUCCCUCUUGACGAUAAUAAUAGUCAGCCCCACCGUGUCCGACUUGGGAACCAAUUGGAACUGGAGAGGAAAAUUGAGCUGGAGGAGAAGAGAGAAAGGCCGAGGGUAAGGGGGAUGAAGAAAGAAACACACAGGGAGGGGUGGGAAAUUGAAAAGGGGGAGGAGUGGCAAAGGGAUGCUGGUUACAAAGAGGAACAGGCUGAGCUGUCAUUCAAUGCCAAGAAUAGAAAAGGGCCUGUUAGUCGCAGUACAGCCCCCACAAGCACGGAGAGCUGUCAGGGGCUGCCAACACCGCAUUCCUAUUCAGAGGGUUUGCUUGCCACCAGACGGCCACAGGACCAGACAAGUCGACUUAAACUCGCUCCUCAGCGAGACAAAAGUGCUGGUCUGACCAAGCGACUUCAGAAUCCUGCGCCAUCAAACAAGUUCAGUCCUCGAUCGGUCACAAACAGGCCUGGCCGGAGUUCAAGUUCAAGCAUGGGAAGUGAGUUGGAUGAGGCAGACAAUGAGGUGAAGUGGCUUACAGACGUGGCUUUUCGUAGCCUGUCCAGCCCCGAGGUGGAUUACCUUGAUAUGUACAAUUCCAGUCAUCGAUCAUCUACCAACAUCUCGCAGCCCUCUACUCAGGAGAGCCCGGCGGGGAUCAGUGGGGCCUGGCCGACCUAUGCUGAUUUCAGGGGUUCCGCUUCAAGGCUGGACAGUGACGAAUUCUCACUACAGCAGCAAUCUCUGUACCGUACCGACGGAAUCGAUCCAGACCGCUGCUAUGAGAGGGGAAGCUUUGAGUGCAUUGAUGUGGCUGUGGAAAGAGAAGACACUAGGAAGGUCACAAGAGGAGUACCAAAAAGACAGAUUCAGUUGAAGAGGAAGGAGAGCGUGGAUGACAGUAGUGAAAAUAACAGUCCUGGACUUCCUGCGAUGGAGAACAGCCCCUCGCUUCAAAGGCAUUGCCGAGAGGCAUUGUUGAGACAGUACAGUUCACCAGCAGCAGAGCAAGACGGCUACGCUCCAGAGCACAGUCCUGAUCCUGUGCACAAUGAAAGAAAAUCGCAACUUCCAAGACCUAUUUCUCUGGAUGAAACAUGCUCUAAGACAAAGAUGGCCACUUGCCUUAUCAAGAGUGUUCUGUCGAAAAAGAUGCAAAGUGUUGAUAAACCAUCUGAUGAGCCAGAUGGAGAUGAAAUGAAUCCAAGUUUGAGGGAAAGUAACACGACUGAGGAGCCCCAGGAAUGUGACGACUCAAAUCCUACUCUGUCCUCUAACUACGAUCGUCCCUGUGAAGUUUUUGCUUUGAAAGAAGAACAAAGAGAUGACAUCAGACCAGCAAAGAACUUUGUCAAGAAAUCCAACAACUGGCCGAGCACAGACGACAGCGACAGACCUUCUAACCAUUUUCACACUGACGACCAACAGUGGGCUUCUCAAGAGGGCAAUACAACUGCACCAGCAUCUGAAAUUAGAUCCAAACUUAGCGUUCCGUUAGAUACCUCACAGUCAAAAGGUGGAAUACAACACAUAGAUGACAGUAAAACAUUGCAAGGAAGAGAGGGAGCUGACUCAGCUAAUGCCAUUACCGGGAAUACAGGAGCUCCUUCUGCUACCGGAGCCUUCAGCGCACAGGUCAGGAUGACAAGGCAACAUCGGGAGUGUGAAAACACAGAGGUCCAUAAACAACUGCAACUGAGUGACAAGAACUGCCACGUGACACAGAAAACAGAAGAGAUUCCAUUUCAAGGCAACAAGAAAAAGAAAGCAUCUCUCAAUGUGUGCCUUACACCUGAGGCAGACAACAAUCGAGACAGAUCUUCACCAGAUAUACGUUUCGGACAGCAGCGGGAAAAGGUCCAAGAAACCAAUGCGGAUCUCAAAACGGAUGAAGAUGAUGGGGAUGAAGAUAAAAAAGUUAAGGGCCCUAUCCACAAAGUUCGAGAUGUUAGGAGACUUGUAAAGAACACAUAUAAUCUCUCUUUUAAAGCAACCAGCCGCACAUCACCCUCGGAUCUCGCUGAAGAAAGGAAUGAACAUUUGAACGGGGGAAACAAGGAUAGAAUUAAAGAGGAUGCGGAAGAAACAGACAAAGGACGCACAGCAGAGUUAUGCGAGGAAAGGACCAGCAAGUGUAUGGUGGAGCGGAGAGAAGAAAAGUUGUCGACGUUUUUGCAGAGCGAAGGGAAGCUUCCAUCUCAACUACACCCAAUGCAAAUACAAUGCAAGGCAGUUUGCUGGAAAAACGACAAAACUAAAAUCUCUAAAGACUCACAUAACCAUACAUUGGGCUCUGCAAAAAGAGAGCAGGACAAGACCUCCUCCAAAACAGACACACAGUGGGGGAUGCAGGAUCCAGCAGCUUGCGGAGCAACUAGCAAAUCGUGGCAACGCAACUGUAGUACGGAUGCACACUCGCUGAAGGCAGACAGUGAGGACAAGCCUGUGGUUGUGAGAACAGACGGAAAACCUCCCAUGCUCGGAAGUCUCCCCAAACUUCCCAGUAAGGAAAGAGAAGUGUCCACUGCUGUCGUUUUGAUAAGAGAUGGAUCCAGCCAGGCAAAGCCAUGUGUAGCACUUACUCAGGAAGAGGUCCCGACUCUUCUCCAGGCCUCAUCGUCACCUGAGAUCACAACUACUGCCAACACCCCGAGCAGUAGUAGUCACUCAGUUUCCAUGUUAUUAAAGGAGAAAGGCUACCAAGCUGAUAUUGGAGCAGUGGUGGGUGAUAGCCAAAAGACAACUGAAGGAAAGGGGGUCCCGCGUAAACAUGUCAACUGCUUGGAGAUCCCACUACAGACACCCUCGGAUGGUGGAUCUGAGGCACCUCAAGACAAGACUGUUUGUGCUUCGUCCACUGUGCCGAGCCCUUCGUUGCUGUCUGACCAUGAAAAUAAACCCCCAAAGACCAGAGAGGACGAGGGGGCCUGCAUCGAGCAAAUGACAACCAGCUCAUCAGGAAAUCAGCCAGACCACCUUUCAAUUCUCAGCAAACACAAGGAACACAAAGAUUUUGAAGUGGUGAAAAGACAAGACUUGACUUUCCCCCCAAGGUCACCUGGGGUACGACGUUUCAGACCUCAGCCCAUUGAGUUGAAGUCACUUUCUAAAGAGAUAACAAAGCCAGAGAUGACUGCAAAUAACCCUCCAAGUAGACCGCAAACCAUUCAAGUUAAAUCCAUUGCUAAAAAUUCAGAAAAGCCAGCCGUACCUCCAAAACCAACUUGCAAAUUUAAACCUGUGGAUUUAGGAGCAAAGACUAAUGAAGCGCCCGAAUCAGCUAUUCAGAACAUAAAACCUCAAAGUGAGGAACGACCUCAAACAAUAGUCGUGUCAUCGCCCACAAUCUACAGAAAGAUCCCCAGUGAGUCUUCCUCAGUGUCCUCCCAAACGAGAAAACUAGCUGUGUCUGCUGUAUCCAGCCUUAAACCUCCAUCAAGCAAAAUUACUACAACUCUGUCAAACCCGGCCACAUCUUCAUCAAGCAAAGAUGCUUCAAAAGGUCAGUGGCAGCAGCAGCAAUGGACAGAGCCUGUGAGAUCCACACAUACUACAGCUGCAGCAUCAGCACUUCUCCCUAGUAUUACCUCAAGUCAAGAUUCAAAUUCUGAUCAGGUCGCAAAGCAGGUGCCCGAACCAUCUUUAACAGGAGCCAGACAUACACAUUCUGCUGUUGUGGAGCCGAACAUGGAUGAAGCAGCUGUGACAUCUUCAAGCAAUACCAAACCACCUGCUGCUGUCUCCACAACACAAGCCCCAGGAUACAAUCAGCGGCAAUAUCUCGGGUCAUUGUCCAAGGAACACAUCCAAAGGGCCGCUGACCCACAUUUUUAUGGCUCCGAUGACCCUCCAAGCUAUGACGAAAGAGAGAGCUUUAGUCCACUCAUGCCAGAUUUGACCCACCGGCGUUUAAAUCGGUAUCACAACUCUUCCUACCCUCCUCCCUGUUCCUGUACAGCUGGCUGCCCUCCUCAGCCAUCUUUACCUCCGCAUGCAUCUCAUCAUCACCACAGCCCACACAACCUCACCCCACCAGCGCCUCCACACUCCCCAGGUAGCGGGAUACCAUACCAAGCCCCCCAGCCUGUCGUCCGUCCCCAGCAUUUCAGAGCUGAUCCUCAGCCCUUGAACUUUCAGCCCAGCUCAUCGCCAAAGUCAAAUCCUCCUGGUCCAAGCCAGCUGCCCACCAUGUACCAGCCUCCCUCAUGUCCUCCCCACCCCUCGCUCAUGCCCAGUGACCCCCGGCGACUCCCUCUCCAUCGAUCCCCGCAGCAGCAGCAGCAUCAGCAGCAGCAGGCAAGCAUGCCUGGUGCUCCUUACAGCGAUCCCGGGCACAGCCACUCCCCUGGCCUGGCGCCCAUGGAUCCCCAAUACAUAUGUGGGCAGUAUGGCUCAGAGUAUGGGGGUGACACCUCCAGUUUGUACUCAGAGAGCAGCUAUGGACAGGCACCUCGAAGAGUCCUCUUGGAUCCUGAGACGGGGAAGUAUUUUUAUAUUGAGGUGCCAAUGCAGCCCUUAAGGAAGAUGCUGUUUGACCCAGAAACUGGCCAGUAUGUGGAAGUUCUCAUCCCCCAGCAAGGCAUGUCGCACUCAAGCCUAUAUCCUCCAUCAGCAGCCCCAUACACAUCUCUUCACAACCCCAACAUGUAUGGCCCAGCUCCACAGUACAUGCCCUAUGCCGCUCACCCUCCCACGGCUCAUCCCCAGCCUCAACACCAGCCGCCUCGAUAUCCCGAAGCCUUAUCUGCAGCGACAAUACACCCAAAUGGGGCCGGUGGCAGCUACAGGAAUUGUUCUGGGCAGGGAUCCAAACCAGAGGCCUCAAACCAUCCACCACUGGACCAGAGCUACCUGGAGGGAAUGUACUAUGUUCCCACAGGGAUGAAUACAGGCUCCAAUCCCACCACACCAGUCUACUACCAUAAACAUCCAGCCAGCCUUCCCCCGUCAGGGGGCAAAAGGUCCUGAAAUAGCGGACACCAGCCGUCUUGCUGGAGCCUGUGAAGUUUUAAAUACACACUGUAUAAAGUAGGUGCCUAAUGUUAGCUUGUAAUGUUAUUUGAGUUUUCAUGUUGCAAUUGAAGACAGCACUUCGGUGUGUUGUUUCUCCACUGCCCUCUUGUCUGUCAGGCUGCUUUAUUAAAAUAAGAAACUGCUUUUGAGAUAAUGCUUCUUAAACAUGAAUGCGGGUGAGAAAGGUGAGGUUAUAAACACCAGAACAGAUCCACAAAUACUUUGUCAUUUUUGAUACAAGACAGUUUUAACUUACUUGCUGAAGUUCUGAAACAAAACAGGCAAGCGUUUUCUGUACUUUGCCAAAGAAAUGUCUCCCAAGAAACUUGGAAAUGCUGUUUUAAAAGAUACUUAGUCACUUUGUCAAACGGAAAACUGAGUUGUGUCCAUGACAUCUACGUAUGACAACAAUCUCAAUAAACCAUGUCACAUAUAUGC